AUUUUAUUGAGCGCCGACUUCUUCCAGGCGAUCGCGGCGGAGUAGCGGCUUCGGGACUGGCUUUGUGGAGGUGAUCACCGCAGAGACAGGUUACAGAAUUCAUCUACAAUGGGGAAUGUUUUUGAAAAACUGUUUAAAAGCCUAUUUGGGAAGAAGGAAAUGCGGAUUCUCAUGGUGGGCUUGGAUGCAGCUGGCAAAACCACCAUUUUGUACAAGUUGAAGCUGGGAGAGAUUGUGACAACCAUCCCUACCAUAGGUUUCAAUGUGGAGACUGUAGAAUAUAAAAACAUCAGCUUCACAGUCUGGGAUGUUGGUGGCCAAGACAAAAUCAGACCUUUGUGGCGACAUUACUUCCAGAACACUCAAGGUCUGAUUUUCGUGGUUGACAGUAAUGACAGAGAGCGGGUCAAUGAGGCCCGGGAAGAACUAACCAGAAUGUUAGCAGAAGAUGAGCUCCGAGAUGCAGUUUUAUUGGUGUUUGUAAACAAACAGGAUCUUCCUAAUGCCAUGAAUGCAGCGGAGAUCACAGACAAGCUCGGCUUACAUUCCCUUCGCCAGAGAAACUGGUACAUUCAGGCUACGUGUGCCACCAGCGGAGAUGGGCUCUACGAAGGCCUGGACUGGCUCUCCAACCAGCUCAAAAACCAGAAGUGAUCAGAAACAGCCCAUUCCCCGUGCAUUGUGGCAAAGCCAGCUGGCCUUUCCUGUGUGCAUGUGAGCGUGUGAGGAGCCCAUGGGGCUGUGCAGCUGGGAGUGGGGGCGGCUUUCUCACACCGUGCCUUAUACACGCUAUAGGAAAACCAGUAUUCCAUUUCAAGAAAACCAGUGUUACAUUUUGAAUGCUACCUUCCAUUUCACUAGCUUCGAUGGUCAUUUUUGCUGAGGCCUCCCCUGGGUGUGAUAGCUAGAACAUCUCCAGGCUGGAAAAUAAGACAGCUGGAGCCAGACAGGUCCCAUUGUUGCAAUCCUGGGUCUGGCAUCUCCACACACCCUGAAUCCUGUUGGAUUUCAAUGUCCUUUUGUGAAAAGAAAGGAAGGAACUGUCAUUUUUCCCCAUCGUGCCAAAGCUAGCAGCUCACUUGUAUGCUUUAAAGCGAUCGCAAGAGGAGAUCUGUGAUUAUCACAGGUGUGAAGAGGCUCCAGGGGGGACCGCUUCCCGAGUUCUGUUAGUUCAGCCCAACUUGGUUAGCUUGUUUUAGUCCAAGGAAUUUGUGACCUUUUUCAUUAGAGUAUCAAGACUGUAACACUAGAGAAGUUUCCAGCCUGUCCCUUACUUGCCAAAUGGAGACCCUGUGGGCUGGUGGCCCAGCAGGAGGCCAGGACUCUUCCCCCAAGCCACAUGGUCCACAGUGGAGCGCAGGUUGGCUGGAGGAAGUGAAGGGAGGUGGCUCUUGUGUUCUGGCAUCACUGUCUUGGCCCUCGAGGCUGCUGCUCCCACUUCCUGCUCUGUGCUGAAUGUUCUUCGCUGAAGCGGUUACUCCUGGGUGGAGUCGUCCCUGUGUCCAAUUGUCUGCUGUAGGCCUUUGGUUAGUAUCUGUUUGCUGAACUGCACACUCAUGAGUUCUGAGUUUGUGAGACAGUCAUGAGAUUAAUAUAGGGGAUGAAGCUCCCAGUGACCCCUUGUACUCCCUGGGUUGGUGCUAAACUUUGCUCCGAGAAGCAUCUUUUACCUGGACUGCUCUGGUGGCAUGGACUCCCUCCUCAAUGGCAGUAGUGGUCCAAGAGCUGUUUGGGAAUGUGUGCUGUGUUGUCUUGCAGAUAGUGAUAGAUAGGAAGGUCUGGAGAGGGGCUGGGUUCAGCUCCAAGCCCUCUGGCCAUACAACUCUUGGCCACAUUUUACUUAAGCCCUUCUGCUUAACCUUUUAAAACCCCUUUCAAAAAAAAUCUUGAUUCCUAUUUUAGGAAGGGGAACGCAAGUUUAAUUUCAAGGAACAUGAUAAAUCUGCUCAUUGGUAACAAAGUUAUACUAGGAAAAAUUCUAUGCCAUUGUGAAUGUGGGCUGUGAUGAGUCUUUAACAAUCCACUUAAAGAAUGUUCAUUGCAAUACUGGCGACUGAGUCCAGAUGUGGUUUUUGACACAGAGGAAUUCCUGCAAAAUGUUGAAAUUGUACACCUCCCGUUGGCAGGGAGUCUCUUGCCCUUUGUAAUUAUGCUUAGUGUGCCUGGCCUGGUGCUAGGCCGCAGUAACCGUGGUGAUUGGUUAGACAAUAAAGAACUUACUUGGGAAGGAGGAGACACGGCGAUGUACUCCUGAUGUGUG